AUGCGAUUUGUAAUAGUUUUGUUUUUCAACGUCCUCUUUUCAUGUGUGCAAGGUCAAACUACAAUAGCACCUAAUUACUAUUGUAAUGAUAAUAAUGAUGUUGUUCAAUUUACAUUGUCUCCAUCACCUCAUUCGGCAUGGCAACCAACAUUAAAUUGUUCUUUACAACAAUGUAAUACAAGCUCCAAUGAUAAUAACAAUUGUCGUUCAUCAUCAACACCUUGCUACAAUUAUUAUACACUUAAUAAUGUUAGUUAUUGUGCACCUGGUAUUCUAUGUUCAAUUUUGGAACCCUGUGACAAUAUUACCUAUAAUUGUGCAUCAAAUACUUCCGUAUGCGUAGUUAAUUCGUGCUGUUCUCCACAAGCAGUAUGUUUACCAUUGUCAUCGAUGAAUUUCUGUAAAUUAGGUAAACAACAUAUAUUACUUCAAUUUAUGAGUGUAUUUGAAGCCAAAUAA